UUUUUUUUUUUAAAUAUCUUCCUCCAUUAUAUAUAUACCAUCCUCUCCAUACACAACCAUCCAUCUCCCACUCCACCAUGUUGCCUUCCACUCAAAUUUCCUCUCUCCAUCCUCUCUACUCAAGGAGACUGUUACAUCUACAUGACAUGGCAGCUUCCCCACCUUCCACAACUGCAGCAGGUCCAGGUGAGGCUAGCUUCGAUGCAAACGUGAUAAUGAUACUAGCUGUCCUCUUAUGUGCUUUGAUUUGUGCACUGGGUCUCAACUCCGUCGUUAGGUGCGCAUUAAGAUGCUCCAACCGUGUAGCCUUUGAUUCUAGACCCCAUGCUUCAUCAGCCCGGUUAGCUAACACAGGAGUGAAGAAGACAGCCCUCAAAGCGUUCCCCACUUUUUCCUACUCGGCGAGCUUCAAGUUGCCCAUGCGAGACACCAAGUGCGCUAUAUGUCUCUCUGAGUUCUCAAAUGGAGAGCGUGUCCGGGUCUUGCUACCCUGCAACCAUGGGUUCCACGUCAGGUGUAUCGACAAAUGGCUCGCCUCUCAUUCAUCGUGCCCCACUUGUAGACAAUGCUUACUCAACGUAUGCCAGAAGAUGGUCGGUUGUACUGCUCCAUCAGAUCCACCACCUACGGUGCAGCCGGUUAUUGUACCACUAGAACCUGAAGGUUUGAUAAUCAACUACAGCCUUUAA